AUGGCGUCCCCUACAACUGUAGCUGCCCCACCACGAUCGGUAUACAACUCGUUUGCGUCGCGCAAGCGGUCGUCUCCGGCCGUGAAGCCUCUGCCGGAAGAGGUGGCGUGGCUCAAAGACAUUAAGCUCGAAAUGACUACUACCAACUCAAUUCGCACCUCCGUGUACUACAUUAUUCGCGUCAUCUACGAGCCCGUGGGCAUGGCCGCCACGAACUGGGACGUGAAGCGCACGUUUGAUGAGUACAAGUGGUUUCAGAAGCGUCUGCUGGGCCAUCUCCAGCCCAAACACAGUUGCAAGGCCGAGUGCCGAUGGCUCAGCAGCGCUAUCAAGAAGCAUUUUCCUAAGCCGACGCUCGGCUCGCGCUAUCCUCCGAUUGUCGAACAGCGUCGCAAGGCGUUGCUGCAACUGUUGACUACUGUGCAGGCGUCAGUUGUCAACCACGGCAAUCGUAAUUGCAAGGUAAUGUUGGAAGCCGUGAGUCACGAGCUCUCCUCAUUUCUCGUGGGCGACGUCGACCAGAGUUUCGUUGGCGUGACGCCUCCUGUAACGCCGACGACAAGUUCCGAGAUGGAAACGUCCGCCGAGUUACGACCGUCGCUCACGUCUUCCGUUACGUCUGAAGAGGUCGAGGAAGACACCGUCAACUACGACGCGGACACGUUUACCGGCUGGAGUCUGCCUAUCGAGCACCUUAACUUUGAGCUCAUCCUAAACUCACCUGUAUAA